AUGGCAACGCCGGCUUGCACGUGUGUGGCACUGGCGUCCCCUUCUCUUUUUUUGGAGUGGAGUGUGUGGCGGGGUGGGACCCCCUCCCCUCCAAAAAAGCAUCCCAAAUCGUCGCGUCGCGUCGCAUCGCAUCCCGUCGUGUCGGUCGGCCUGCCUCGUGGCGCGUCAGAUGAGGCGGUUGAAGCGGUGCCAGCGAAGCUCCGUAACGGGGCGCAGCGGAGCAGAGCGAAGUGGCGUGGUGUGGCGCACCGCACCGCACCGCACCGCUUCGCUAGGCGACGGCGCCUCGUUGCGCAAACACCUGCGCACUCGGGCUUCGAACCAAGGUUGCCCCGCGCCGAACCUGACCCCAUUCCUCCGCGCGGCUUCUCGGUUAAGCGGGUCACCCCGGGCGCGAGACUCGACGUACUCUUUCCAAGCAAGGGAAGGCAAGAACGGCGAGGGCGGGCCUCCCUGAGCGGCAACCGGUUGAAACCGCCCCGACGGCCGCGCUGUGGCGGCGCGGCGCGGAGCUGGAGCCAUUGGGGGGGGGCGUGGCGUGGCGAGGCGUCCGCGGGCGGUGAGGCAGGCUACGCCGCCCGCCCGGAACCGGUUUCAGGACGACCGUUUCUUCUCGACGCUGCCCGGCGCGCGCGCGCGGCUUGUCUCCCGGGCCAGGCCGGCGCGGCUGCUGUGGAAGCUGCGCGUUGGCACUGUGCGACCCCACUUGCCGCGAGCCAUUGUGUUGUUCGAUUGAUAAAGGAGUGUGCGUUUGGCGAAAUACGUGGAGGUUUCUCGACUCACCAAAGAGAACGCUCGGCAGUCAGGGAGGCGCUGCAAUCGGCGGCUAUGUUAUUUUAA